AUGAAGUUCAGUGCUACUCUUUUGGUCUUGGCCACCUCGGCCCUGGCUAGCAACGUCCGACGAGGAGACGAGUAUGAGAGCCCCGACUACAGCGGCGGAGAGUACGAGGCUCCCGAGGGCGACUACGGAUCUGGAGAUUACGGAUCUGGAGACUACGGCUCUGACGACUAUGGCGACAAGCAUGACAAUGGCUACAAGCACGAGGUGACUCAGGUCGAAGUCACUUACACGACUACAACCGUCUGCCCCGUCACUUAUACCCACCACGAGAAGGGAUACACCUACUACGAGACCAAGCUCACAACCUCUACAGUCACAGUUGUUGAGGCCAAGACUGUUGAUGUCACUGUCAAGGAGCCUGAUGUUUACAAGCACUACACCGAUGUUGAAUAUGUCACCCGAACAUCACUGUGCCCCGUGACCGUCACCAAGACCAUUGAGGGAGAGGUCAUCACUGAGGUUUACACGACCACCAGCUACAUCUACGAUGUUGUCAAGACCACCGACUACGAGCACGUCAAGCAACCCGACGUGACAAAGCACGAGACAGAUGUCGUCUAUAAGACCCGAACUACUGUCUGCCCUGUUACCGUCACCAAGACUAUCGCCGGCGAGGUUGUCACUGAGACUUACACCACCACCAGCGUGAUUGAGGAGGUUGUCAAGUCCACCGACUACGAGCACGUCAAGCAGCCCGAUGUCACCAAGCACGAGACUGAUGUUGUAUACACUACUCGCACCACCGUCUGCCCUGUCACUCUUACCAAGACUAUCGCCGGCGAGGUUGUCACUGAGACUUACACCACCACCAGCGUGAUUGAGGAGGUUGUCAAGUCCACCGACUACGAGCACGUCAAGCAGCCCGAUGUCACCAAGCACGAGACUGAUGUUGUAUACACUACUCGCACCACCGUCUGCCCUGUCACUCUUACCAAGACUAUCGCCGGCGAGGUUGUCACUGAGACUUACACCACCACCAGCGUGAUUGAGGAGGUUGUCAAGUCCACCGACUACGAGCACGUCAAGCAGCCCGAUGUCACCAAGCACGAGACUGAUGUUGUAUACACUACUCGCACCACCGUCUGCCCUGUCACUCUUACCAAGACUAUCGCCGGCGAGGUUGUCACUGAGACUUACACCACCACCAGCGUGAUUGAGGAGGUUGUCAAGUCCACCGACUACGAGCACGUCAAGCAGCCCGAUGUCACCAAGCACGAGACUGAUGUUGUAUACACUACUCGCACCACCGUCUGCCCUGUCACUCUUACCAAGACUAUCGCCGGCGAGGUUGUCACUGAGACUUACACCACCACCAGCGUGAUUGAGGAGGUUGUCAAGUCCACCGACUACGAGCAUGUUAAGCAGCCAGAUGUCACUAAGUAUGAGACCGACAUUGUCUACAAGACCAAGACUCACGUCUACCCCGUCACUGUCACAAAGACAAUUGAGGGCGAGGUUAUCACCAAUGUCUACACCUCUACUGACUACGAGGUUGUCAAGGUCCACAGCACUGUCUACGACAAGGUUGAGCUUCCUGAUGUCACUAAGUAUGAGACCGACAUUGUCUACAAGACCAAGACUCACGUCUACCCCGUCACUGUCACAAAGACAAUUGAGGGCGAGGUUAUCACCAAUGUCUACACCUCUACUGACUACGAGGUUGUCAAGGUCCACAGCACUGUCUACGACAAGGUUGAGCUUCCUGAUGUCACUAAGUAUGAGACCGACAUUGUCUACAAGACCAAGACUCACGUCUACCCCGUCACUGUCACAAAGACAAUUGAGGGCGAGGUUAUCACCAAUGUCUACACCUCUACUGACUACGAGGUUGUCAAGGUCCACAGCACUGUCUACGACAAGGUUGAGCUUCCUGAUGUCACUAAGUAUGAGACCGACAUUGUCUACAAGACCAAGACUCACGUCUACCCCGUCACUGUCACAAAGACAAUUGAGGGCGAGGUUAUCACCAAUGUCUACACCUCUACUGACUACGAGGUUGUCAAGGUCCACAGCACUGUCUACGACAAGGUUGAGCUUCCUGAUGUCACUAAGUAUGAGACCGACAUUGUCUACAAGACCAAGACUCACGUCUACCCCGUCACUGUCACAAAGACAAUUGAGGGCGAGGUUAUCACCAAUGUCUACACCUCUACCGACUACGAGGUCGUCAAGGUCCACAGCACUGUCUACGACAAGGUUGAGCUUCCUGAUGUGACCAAGCACGAGACAGACGUUGUCUACCACACCAAGACAUCACUGUGCCCCGUUACCGUCACCAAGACCGUUGAGGGUGAGGUUAUUACCAACGUCUACACCUCCACCUCUCUUAUUGUCGAAGAGGUUGUCACCACUAUCCCUGUCUACGAGACCAUCGUCAAGACCAUGGGCAAGGGCGUUGUUAUCACACAGUACUCCAAGAUUGUCCAGACCGUCGGUGGCGGCACUGUCUACCAGACCGUCGCUCCUGAGCCUACCACUGUCGAGAUUCCCGAGACUGAGGUCGUCACUCAGCCCGAGGUCACCGUCCCCGCCACUCCCACUGCCCAGCCCGAGCCCAUUGUUAACGGCGCUGCUGUCGCCUCCAACAAGGCUCCCGUCUUCGCCUUCAUGGCUGGUAUCCUUGGCGCCGUCGCUCUCCUCUAA